AUGGACCCAGACAUGGCCCUCAGCAACAGCUUGGGCCCAGUUGUCACCGUGGCCCCAGGUGGCAGUGAAGGCCACUCCAAUCAGCAUGGCCCCUGGGGUGGCAUGACUCUUGUACACCAAUAUGACCUCAGUGCACACGAAGAAAAUAUUCUGAAAGGUGUGCGAGAUUUCAGCUAUUCCUUGGAAAGUUCUAUAGAGCUUCUACAGAAGGAUGUGGUACAGCUCCAUGCUCCUCGAUACCAGUCUAUGAGAAGGGAUGUAAUUGGCUGUACUCAGGAGAUGGAUUUCAUUCUUUGGCCUUGGAAUGAUAUUGAGAAAACUGUUUGUCUCCUGUUUUCUAGGUGGAAGGAAUGUGAUGAACCUUUUAGGCCUGUUCAGGCCAAAUUUGAAUUUCAUCACGGUGACUAUGAGAAACAGUUUCUGCAUGUUCUGAGCUGCAAGGACAAGACAGGAACUGUUGUCAACAAUCCUAACCAGUCAGUGUUUCUCUUCAUUGACAGACAGCAUUUGCAGACUCCAAAAAAAAAAAAAGCUACCAUCUUCAAGUUAUGCAGCAUCUGCCUCUACCUGCCACAAGAACAGCCCACCCACUGGGCAGUUGGCACCAUAGAGGAUCACCUCCAUCCUUAUAUGCCAGAGUAA